GAACACCAGAAUUUUCUUCUUCUUCUUCUGUGUCUGGUCUCCAAGGUCAGUUAUCCCUAUUAAAUUUUCAAAAACCAUUUCCUGGCUGUGUGUUCUCUCUUUAGUCUUUAGUGCCAUGCCCCAAAUGACCCAUCUUGAUUUUGGGGUCUCUCUGAUGAGUAAACAUCAGCUGUCCUAAAAAGAAAAGCCAAGAAAAGCAAAGUUGAAAUUUUUACUCAGAGUUUUCAGAGGCUCCUCCUGAAGAGAGAAUAGGAAAAAACCAAACAAGAAGACAAAGCAUUAUAGCAUAGCCUCACCUAACCAAACCCACAAAAAGGAACAACCCCACAAUUUUAUAAAAAAAAUCUCAUCUCACUUAUUUUGUUUCCAUUAAAUCAACAAAAGCUCCAUUCUUUAUUAGUAUAUUCUCUCCCAAAGUCUCCACUAAGAAUUCUUCACCCUUCUUCCUCUUCUUCUUCCUCUUCUUCUUCAUCACAUUCCAUUGCUCUUAUUAUUCUCUCCUUCACAACCAGGCAAAGCUGUAUUCUUUUUCCAAGAAAACCAUGCCUGUUCUUUCAGAGAGCUCAGAGCACAUGAAAUGGAGAAGACCCAGAAGCCAACUAAUCCAGCCCAUUUCAGAAACAGAUCCAUACGUCCCAAAUCCAGCACCUUCCAUCCUCCAAUCCACUCGCUGCAAAUCCACAAUCUCCUCCCUUCUUCUUUCCAGCUUCACCACCACCAAUGAAGCCUCAUCCUCAUCCUCAAGCCUCACCAAUAAGAAAAAGACAAACUUUCCAUCCUCAGCAAAGUUCAGAGGCUUGGGCUGCACAGCCUCAGCCUCACAGCAAGUCUCAGUGCCAGCUGUGAUAAGGAGCUCUGCAGACUGGGAAGGAGAGAAGAAGGUGAAAAAGAAGAAGAAGAAGAAGAAUGUGAGGAGUGAGUACAAGGACAAGAGCCAGAACCAAGGAGGAGUAGAUGGAUUGAACUCUGUAGCUUGUAUGGAUUUUCAGGAUGUUUGGUGUGGGCCUGGAAUUGGGUUCUCAGCUGAGACUGCUGGCUCUGUGGAUUGUGUUGUGGCUAGGAGAAAUGUUUCUGGCAGAGGCAAGAUUGAUGGGGAUCAUAUCAGGAUGAACAGCCACCACAGGGAGCGUCCUUAUUUAGCAAGGAGAACUGUGAGCCCGGAUACUAUCUCGUUUCUUGAUUCUGAACCUGAAUUUCUCAUAAGCCGCCCCGGAUCAGAAGUGUUUGGAAGUAGGUGUUAUCGACAUGUUCGCCAUGCCUCUCCUGAAGGCCUCGCUGAGAUUAUGAUGUUUCAAAGUAGUCUUAUGAUGGGUGGAAGAUCAGACAUGGAUAGAUAUAGGGAAUGGAGACUUGAUGUUGAUAACAUGACAUAUGAGCAACUGCUUGAACUAGGUGAGAGAAUUGGUUAUGUGAGUACUGGAUUAACAAAAGAGGAGAUAAGGCGGUGCGUUCAAAAAAUUAAGCUUUCAAUGUUAAGUGAUCAGUCGCAACAUGUUAAGUGCAUCAUUUGUCAGGAGGAAUAUGAAGCAGAUGAUGUAGCAGAUGAAAUGGGUAAAGUACUGAAUUGCGGACACGUCUUCCACUUUGAGUGUAUAGAACAGUGGCUUGCACAUAAAAAUACUUGCCCUUUCUGUAAGGUUGAAGCGAAAACUAAAUGCUAGGACUGGUGAACUCUUGGUUUCCCACUCGGUGCUGGUGUUUUGGUAUGUGGAACCCUGCAUCUGCAUGUAUAGAUUUGUUCGUUAACACAUGAGCAAAUAUUCAUUAUUUGGUUUGAAGUCUUGGGCGUUUUGUUCUGGGGGCAUUUCCAUGUUAUCAAUUUGGAUGGUGUUCAUUACAAUCUCUACAAAGUACAAAACAGUUCUC